AUGUCUGCAUCACCCUCGCCAGUACCCAUCGAUGUCGAUGCCGUAGACUCGGGCGCGGCUGAUGCCCCUGCACCCGCAAAAGACAACUACGAUGCCUUCUUCGGCGGAAGUGGCUCAGAACUCUCCGACGACUCGGAGGACGAGCGAGGUCCCGCCGUUCCCAAGCGCAAGGCAUUCCCGCCUAGGCCUGUCGCAGGGGAUGACGAUGAUGAUGAUGACGAUGAGGCGCAUCGUCCGGCGGCGGUCGAUUCGGAUGACGACGACGAUGAUGAUAGAGAAUCGGAUGGGGCGUAUGUUCCGGGGACGGUGAAUAGUGCGGCGAAGAUCCCGAAAUUCAAGAAGCGGAGGGCAGGGAGUGGGGACGUAGAAAUGGAGGGUGAGGAAGACGAUGGGGAGGAGAGGUCAAAGGAGAGAAAAAAGAAGAAGAAGUCGAAACAUAAGGGAGAGAAGAGGAGGCGAGGGGAGGGGGAGGAAGUACCGGAGGAAGACGAUGAUGCGCCAGCGCUUGAUGCGGCGACCCAGAAGAGGCUGGAACUGGAAGCUCGGAUAGACGCUAUUGGCAAGAAGUCGACCCAGACCAAGAGGAAGAAGAAGGAUGAUGUGGAUGUCGUCGAUACAUACCACGACGAGAUCUGUGCGAGAUUACGGGAACGUAUGAUGCACGCGGUCGACAAGGACCGGCAGAGCAACGAGAAUCAGAUGCCUGCUACGGCGAAGCUGGCCAUGCUGGACGAGGUGAUGGGUGUAUUGGGAAACUCGACUCUUUGGACAUCAGUGGUGGAUAACGGCGUUCUCGAGGCCGUCCGGGCCUGGCUCGAGCCUAUGGAAGCUACCGCUGCCCUACCUGCCGUUGGUAUCCAAUCCGCCCUCUUUGAAGUCCUCCCCAAGAUGGACCUCGAUACCGCCACUCUGAAAGAGUCCCGCCUUGGUCCCAUCGUCCUCUUCUACACCAAGACCAAGCGCGUCACGCCUGCCAUCUCCCGCGCGGCGGAUGCGUUGGUUCAGGCAUGGUCGAGACCGAUCGUCAAGCGUCCAGGAGGCGCCGGAGACUUUAGGUCCUCGAGAAUGGCGGAUGAGGGUGAUGGGCCGACUGCAGGUGGGAGUCAGAGUCAAAGCCAAAGUCAAGGGAGAAGUCAGAGUCAAGGAGGGGAUGGAGGGGCAGUCAGGCGGAGACGAUUCGACACGGCUACGGCCAUCAAAGAGAACCACGGGCGGAAGGGCGCCAGGAUGCCGCAGGUUAAGGAGACACAAUAUACUGUCGCCCCUGAGCCGCGGAUGGCGCAUCACGAGGGCGAUACAGCUCAGGUCCGAAAGAUCGCCAGUGACAACAAGAAAUUCAACAAAUUCGCUCGCCAAAUGAGGAUAAAUAAGGCUCGAUAA